AUGGAAGAAAUAAAAAAAGAAAAAGAACAGUUAGAUACGAAAAAGGCUGAAAAUCUGAAAAAAUUAAAGGAAGCAGAGCAAAAAUUAAUAGAGGCCAAAGAAGCAAAUAAACUAGUUUAUGGAUUUAAAGGAAUAUAUGAAGAAGAAGUAAGACAAAAACGCCUAGGCCCUGAUAGUUUAGACCCAGCUGAAGUUUACGAAUCUCUCCCGGAAGAAUUGCAAAAAUGUUUCGAUGCCAGAGAUGUAAAACUGCUUCAAGAAACCAUUUGUAAAAUGGCCAAAUAUCAUAUCAAAAGGUGCGUCGAUUCGGGAUUAUGGGUACCACAAGGUCCAGAAGGCACCCAAGAUCCUAAAGAAGAUAAAAAUGAAUAA